UCAUGAACGUGUACCCUGGCACAUAAACACAUAUCGAGGGAAAUUAUAUCCUCCUGGCUCGAUCAUGAACGUCAAAUCAACCAGAGUUUCAUAUAAACAACGAGAGUGAGAGUGAGAGUGAGAGCGAGAGAGCAAGGCCAUUGGCUUCGAUCUGACGCAUGAGUCGGCAUGGAGGGCGUCCUGGUGAGCGCGGCGACCGGAGUGAUGAACUCCGUCCUCGCAAAGCUCACGGCCUUCCUCGGCGAGGAGUACAAGCACGCCAAGGGAGUCCGCGACGACCUCGUCUUCCUCCGGUCCGAGCUGAGCACCAUGAAUAUAGUUCUGCAAAAGCUAGCAGAUGUGGAUCAGCUCGACGAGCUCAGCAGAGACUGGAGGGACAGGGUGCGGGAUCUCGCCUACGACAUCGAGGACUGCAUCGACCUCUCCGUCCACCGCCUCCGCGGCAGCGCCGGCGAAAGCGGACUCGCUGCCAAGGUGGCGCGCAUGGCCAAGAAGAUCGGAGCGUUCCGUCAGAUCGCGAGUCAGAUCCAGAAGCUCAAGGCCCGUGUCGUGGAGGUCAGCGAGCGGCGUAACAGGUACACUCUUCAUGGACUUGUACCAACUAGCUCGGAUGCUUCCUCCUCGACCAAGGUUGAUGUCCGGCUGUGCGCGCUCUGGACGGAAACGAAGCACCUCGUCGGCAUCGAUGGCCCUAGGGAUGACAUCAUCAGUCGGUUGAUGGAGCAGUAGCAGGAGUCGUUGUCAUCGGUGCAGCACGGUGUCAGGAUGGUAUCCAUCGUCGGGUGUGCGGGCUUGGGCAAGACCACUCUGGCCAAACAAGUGUACGACAAAAUCAAAGGGGAAUUCGAGUGCAAGGCCUUUGUUUCGGUGUCUCAGAAACCGAACAUAAAGGAGCUUAUCCUCAACAUUUCUAAUCAAGUUGGCAACAAGUCAACAAACAUGUCGGAUGAUGUAGCAAAUCUGGUGGAUAAUCUUAGGGAAUAUCUCAAGCAAAAAAGGUAUAUUGUCGUAGUGGAUGAUAUAUGGAACCCAGAACCAUGGAACUUCAUUGGAGAAGCAUUGGUCAAAACUAGUCCUGGUAGCAUAAUAAUUUUGACGACACGUGUGAAAGAAGUGGCGAUGUCAUCUUCAUCUUCUCAUGGUGGUUUUGUUUAUCCGAUGAAACAUCUCGAUGGCGCUCACUCCAAAAGGUUGUUUUACAAAAGAAUUUUUGACUGUGAAGAGCAAUGUCCUCCUGAAUUUGAACAAGCUUCUAAAGAGAUACUGGAAAGAUGUGAUGGUAUACCCCUAGCAAUCAUUUCCAUAUCCAGCUUCUUGGCUGAUCGUCAAUCGUUAUAUCACUGGAAUGAGGUAAAAAAAAUUAUCAGUUCUCCAAUACCAGGAAAUAAGGAUCUUGAGACCAUGCAAUCAGUGUUAGCACUCAGUUAUUACAACCUUCCACAUGAUUUAAGAAGUUGCCUGUUAUACUUGAGUGCAUUCCCAGAAGAUUGUGAAAUUGGAAAGACCCGUUUGGUAAGCAGAUGGAUUGCAGAAGGAUUUAUCAAUGCAAGACCAGGAGAAAAUCUAUAUGAAGCAGGGCUGAGGUAUUUCAAUGUGCUGAUAAACCAGAGCUUGAUCCAACCAUGGAAUGAGCACUACGGUGAGGUGCUGAGCUGCCGUGUUCACGACGUCAUUCUUAAUUUCAUAGUGUCCAAAUCAGUAGAGGAGAACUUUAUGACCUUGUUGGAUCCGUCUGGUCCUGUACCUUUGCAGCAUAGCAACUGCUGCAAGGUUCGUCGCAUGUCUCUCCAGGGUAGCUACUGCCAAGAGAAAUUUGCCUCGAGCAUGAAGUCGAUUAAGCCUCAUGUCCGGUCACUUGCUUGUUCUAUGGACUGCACAGGAUUGCAUCCUCUAUCGGAAUUUAAAGUUGCAAGAGUACUGGAUCUAGAAGGGUGCGAAUCAUUGACAAACAACCAUCUUGCUAAUAUAGAAAAGUUAGCCUAUUUGAGGUAUCUGAGCAUUAGCGGAACAGGAGUAAGUGUGCUCCCCGCCAAUAUUGGGCGUCUCCAGCAUUUGGAGACAUUAGAUAUACUAGAUACUCAAGUUAAAGAAUUACCACCAUCCAUUGUUCUACUUCAGCAAUUGGUUCGUCUGUCUGUCAAUUCUGACGUCAUGUUCCCUGCAGAAGGUGUUAGCAAGAUGCAAGCAUUGGAGCAGCUAACAGGUCUCUUGCCCUUCAAUCAACCGGUAAGCUUUUUGAAGGAGCUAGGUGAGCUUACCAAGCUGAGAGUACUAGCGGUAUCUUGGAUUCCUGACCAUGUUAGAGAUUCUGAUGAGGCCCAUGCCGAGCAUGAAAAGAGCUACGAGAAGAUUUUCAUCUCCUCACUUAAUGCACUGGACAGACAUAGCCUUCAAUAUCUAGAUCUGUCUCUUUAUUAUUCUUAUUCGGAUAUAGCUGCAAAACGCUUCUUGUUUGAUUCGUGGUUCCCUUCCCUAAAAAACCUCCGGAGAUUGAGCAUUGUAAACGGGUUCAAGACGACAACCAUUCCAAGUUGGAUUCGCCUUGCUGCCAAGCUUGAGAAAUUAGAGCUCAGUAAAGCAUAUGUUACUCAGGACGAUCUCGAAAUGCUUGGAGACCUGAAAGCUCUCGAAUAUCUUGCCCUUCCCUUUUCAGACACACAAGGAUCAUGGCUCACCAUCAGCAACCAUGGUUUCCGAUGUCUCAAGUUUGCCUUUCUUUGCAACGUGUUGUUUAUGCAUGAUUCCAUGCCUAAUCUGAAGGACCUCCACAUUGGCAUUAGAUUGAAUGUGGUUGGUGAGAAUGAUUCCUUCCAGCACCUCCCCAACACCCUCUGCAGAGUCCAUGCCUGGAUUUCUGGCAAUCUAGAUGCGGUCUCAAAACUGAAAGAAAAAAUCUUGAACAUUGCGAACACACAUCCCAACCGUCCCUCACUCACGACUGCGACAUACAUUCAGUAGCACUAGAGGUGGAGCAGCGAAAAACAGAAGCGUCAAUGAGCCGCAGGACGAUGGCUUUUGCAUCAAUGGCUACCUUGGCUUGGUCCUGGAGUUGGCACAGCAUUUGUGUUUCAUCUCUACCAUUUUUACUCAGUUGCAUAAUUACCAUUUUCAAACUUGUUCACUUGUUUCAAUUUUCAUGUAUUUGAAUAAGCACGCUACGUUUGGUUGCUCCUCUAGCCCCAUAUGUUAUGGUUU